AUGGUGUCUUUUGAUGUCACGUCCCUCUUUACUUCUAUCCCUCACGAUCUGGCAAUCGAGACCGUCGAGCUGCUCCUACGAAGAAAAUACAAUGAAACGGAGAAUCGUCUCGGACAUGCCCAAGUCCUUCAGCUCCUAAAGUUCUGUCUCAGGACGUACUUCACGUUUGACGGAACAAUCUACGAGCAAGUGAAGGGAACACCGAUUGGCUCGCCGAUUUCGGGAUUCAUCGCCGAGGCGGUCCUACAGCGGUUAGAGUCGCUGGUCUUCCAGCACAACAGACCGAAAUUCUGGGCGCGGUAUGUGGAUGAUACCUUCGUCGUCAUCGAACGGGAUCAGGUGUUGACAUUCCAAGAACAGCUCAACGCCGUCUUCCCGAACAUUCAAUUUACGAUGGAGGAGGAAGAGAACAACCAGCUGGCCUUCCUGGAUGUCCUCGUAUGCCGCAAGGAUUGUGGUGGAAUAAAGACCAAAGUGUUCAGGAAGGCGGCGAACAUGACGCACAUACUGAACUUCAGCAGUAAUCACCCAAUCAGCCACAAACGCAGUUGCGUAAGAACGCUAUAUCGACGUGCUGAGACGCACUGCAGUGAACCGGAAGACAAGGUUGCCGAAUCCCAAUAUCUUCGACGGAUUUUCAGAGAAAAUGGUUAA